AUGGCUUCGGUUAUCUCGCACAAAUCUAAGUAUUGUCUCAAGAGGGUUAAUGGGCCAAUAAGCUCAAAAUUUGAGAGGUUUGUUGGGAGAAUGAGAAGACUUUGCUUCAUAAUCCCACUCUGGAAAGCGUGUAACCUCAGUUGCAUUCUCAAACAAUAUAUACGUAGGAAGUUGGUUCAUGCCUCCUACAGGUCAAGGUCACCCUUUCAAGACUAG